CUCCCUCUAUUGUAGUUGGUGGCGGUAAUGCACCGAAACGUUGCUUGUCAACCGUCAUUAAAGAAGAAGAAGAAGAAGACCACAGCGUUCCCUGUCUGCGGCACAGAGACCUUUAAACUAAUUCUGUUCCCUUUAGUGUGGAAACAUGUCAGACAUAUUGGGGAAAAUUAGAAACUGCAUAGCCGAGAAAAAGAGAACGGCUCUUAGUCAAAGCGACUUGGAGAAGUUUGGUUUACAAGGGAUACAGCUGAGAGCCUACCAGCUGGAUGGGGUGCAGUGGCUGACUCAGUGCCUGAACGACCAGCAGGGAUGCAUCUUAGGAGAUGAGAUGGGUUUGGGUAAAACCUGCCAGACGAUCUCUCUGAUGGUUUACAUGUCAGGAGCUCUGGGGAAGAAAGGUCCUUUUUUGGUGCUAAGCCCACUCUCUGUCAUGGAGAACUGGAGGAAGGAGCUGGAAAGCUUUGCCCCAUCUCUGACUGUGCUGUGCUACAAAGGAGACAAAGAGAGACGAGCUGAGAUUCAGAGGGAAAGAACUACGAAUGACUUCCAUGUUCUGCUCACCACAUAUGAGCUCUGUCUUAAAGAUGAGUCAUUCUUGAAAAGGUGGAGGUGGAAGGUGCUUGUUGUAGACGAAGCUCACCGACUGAAGAACCAAAAGUCUCUAUUACACCAAACCUUGACACAGUUUUCAGUUGCCUUCAGACUCCUGCUCACAGGGACUCCCAUUCAGAACAAUCUACAGGAGCUCUUCUCUCUGCUGAGCUUCAUUCAGCCCAGCAUCUUUACACCAGAGGAGUCUGACAACUUUGUCAACUCUUACUCCACUGUGCAAAGUCAACCUGCUCUGGCUUCAGAGCUUCAAAGCAUCUUGGAGCCUUUUCUGCUCCGUAGAGUUAAGUCGGAGGUGGCUUUGGAUCUGCCCAAGAAGACAGAGCUGGUGGUGUACCACGGCAUGUCAGCUCUGCAGAAGAAAUACUACAAAGCUAUUCUAACGAGGGAUUAUGAGGCUUUUGUAAAUGAGCAAGGCAGCAAGAACAGGCUGCUGAACAUCUUGAUGAAUUUGAGAAAGUGUGUCAACCACCCAUACUUGUUUGACGGGGUGGAACCUGAGCCGUUUCAGAUUGGGGAACAUCUCGUAGAAGCCAGUGGAAAACUGUGCCUCCUAGACAACAUCCUGGCCUUUCUGCAUAAAGGGGGCCAUCGUGUCCUGUUGUUCUCUCAGAUGAAGAGGAUACUGGAUAUUCUUCAGGACUACAUGGAAUACAGAGGUUAUAGCUAUGAACGUCUGGAUGGGUCCGUUCGAGGGGAAGAACGAAACCUGGCCGUGAAGAACUUCAGCAGCAAAGAUAUCUUUGUGUUUUUACUCAGCACUAAAGCAGGUGGAGUUGGCCUAAACCUCACAGCUGCUGACACAGCUAUUUUUGUGGAUACUGACUUCAACCCCCAGAACGACCUGCAGGCUGCAGCGCGCUGCCAUCGGAUUGGCCAAAACAGGCCUGUGAAAGUGAUCCGCCUCCUUGCGAGAGACACUGUGGAGGAGAUCAUGUACUCUCGAGCUGUGUCCAAGCUGCAGCUUACCAACACUGUUAUUGAAGAAGGACGCUUCUCUCUGCUGGAUCAGGCCCAGUCAGCAACGGCGUGUCUGCAGCUGAGUGACAUCUUGAAGUUUGGAAUAGAUAAGCUUUUAUCAUCGGACGAGAGCUCAAUAGAAGAGGUAAAACUGGAGAAGAUCCUUGGCCCAUCACGUGAUGGUCAGUGGGUGGAUGAUGAUGAAUUAUCACCAUCAAAACAAGAGGAAGACGAAGUGGAAAACGAGUCUGAUUCUGAUGCACAAAACCAUAUGUACUUCUUCGAGGGGAUAGACUAUAGUAAAGACCCGAGCUCAGAGGACCAGAAGAGCUUUGAUCGGAUGUUGGAAGAGCAGAUGGCUGAGUUUCAGAAAGCAGCGGGAGAGGGACGAGCUCUGCGACGCAAAGCUGGAUUUUCACUUUCAGUCGCAUUUGCGCUUCCAGCGAAAAAGAGGAAACCUCUCACCGAGGCAGAGCUGGAGCUCAGGCAGCAGCGGAGGCAGGAGGCUGCAGCAAAGCGAGCCAAAAUGAUUGAGGACAAAAAGAAGCAGGAGCAAGAGGAAAGACAAAGGAAAAAAAUGGCCUGGUGGGAGUCCUGUGGCUACAGGUCACUUUGCCUGCAGCCUCUGGACAGCGAAGAAGAGGGGGAAGAUGAAGAGGAUGAUAGCAGUGUAUGCUCCACACACUCAAACUCUACAGAUAUCCACUAUGUUCUGGGGGAUGUUACUCACCCCCACACUGCUAGAGGAGAUGCUAUCAUUGUCCACUGUGUCGAUGACUCAGGCCGGUGGGGCAGAGGAGGCCUUUUUACAGCACUGGAGAUGAGAUCAGAUGAACCACGAAAGCAGUACGAGUUGGCAGGGAAGAUGAAAGAUUUGGAGCUUGGAAAUGUGUUCCUCUUCCCCAUCGACGACAAGCAGUCAAGACUGGACGGCCAAGAUCAGUUGGCCCUGAUAGUGGCGCAGCAAAGAGACAAAGCCAACAACCUGUCUGGGAUCCUCCUCAGUACUUUGGAGGAAGGACUGAAGAAGAUUUAUUCUGCAGCCAAGAAAAACAGUGCCAGCGUUCAUCUUCCUCGCAUUGGUCACUCCACCAAGGGCUUCAACUGGUAUGGCACAGAGAGACUCAUCAGAAAACACUUAGCUUCCAGGGGCAUCCCCACAUUCAUAUAUUACCACAGCAAAGCCAUCAAGAAAACUGCUUCACCUCAGACACCUGCAACAUCAACUGCUGCUCCUCAAGCAACUUUGCUGAGCUCAGACCGGCCCACUGGUGAGACAGAAACGGAGGGUCCAGGUCCCUCUAUUCGACAACAAAGCUUUAGCCCUGUAGAGCUCCCUAGCUUCAUGAAGGGAGUCAGGGUAUUUUUCUACAACAUUCCUGCAUCAGAAAGGAGGAGGCUGGGCCGUUACCUUCUUACGUAUGAUGGAGAUGAGGAAGACGUCAUGAGUGAAGAGAUCACUCACAUUGUUGCAGAGGUGGAGAACCACAUCCAAAUACAGGAGCUACAGGAUCUGGUUCGUCAGUACCAGCAGGCUGUUCCUGUGAAGAAGACCUGGCUGGAGUCCUGCUUCUCCAAACAACAUAAAGUCAACGCUGUACACUUCCAACAUCAGCUCUGAGAACACAUGUUUGUUGUUAGAUUGUUAAACUGUUAUUUGACAAGCUUGGAGGUAUGCUGGUUGAUGUACACUAGAUGACAACAGAUUGAAAAUCGGUAUGAUUUUUUAAAAUCUGAAUAUGAAGCAAAUAAAUUAACUUUAUCUUUA